CAUAUGCUACUCUAUUUCUGCUUGCUACUCUUUGUAACCUUAAACCUACACAUUCCUAAUCCUAUUACUGCUGCAAAACACUCAACAAUACAGAUUUGGCCAACACUUGAAUCAAUCGCACAAACUCAUCAACUCUCAGACACUCAAACAUCGAUGACAACGGUAUAGUUUCGUUGCUCUAGUGAAGAUCUGAGACUGAGAGAUUAUUCUUCUCUCUUAAAUCCAUUAUGGUGUAGAUAGUGAGAGUAUAUGAAAUACAUGCAGCUCUCUGUGCCUUCUGGAUCUAGUUGCACUAAAAAAUAGAACGUACUUUGAAGUCACAAAAAUGUUCUGCAAAUAAGAAUUACUGGACUCAGAAAAAUGCAAAGAAGUGUGUGGAGCCUCUUUUACUGGAUAUUUCUCGAAAAAGAUAUUAAAAGAAGGGGGUUUGUAACAGAUCAGUAUGACACUAACAGUGAUGGUUUUGGCUUUGAAGUUUUGAAAGGUUCUGAAAUCUCCAACCAUCAAGCCAACAAAUCAAGCUGCAACCAAAAUCCAAUUUUACACAACCACCGUCUCAAGUGCACCAAUCGUAGAACCACAACCAGAAAACCUUCAAGAAGCUGGGGGCUUGUAACAGCUCAGUAUGAAACUAACAGUGAUGGUUUUGGAGUUUUAGAAGGUUCUGAAAUCUUUGACCAUCAAGCCAACAAUUCAAGCUGCAGUCAAAAUCAAAUUCUGCAUGACCAUCGUCUCAAGUGCACCAAGCGUAGAACCACAACCAGAAAACCUUCGAAAAGCAGGGGGCUUGUAACAGGUCAGCAUGAAACUAACAGUGACAAUUUUGGCCCUAUAGUUUUAGAAGCCAACAAAUCAAGCUGCAGUCAAAAUCCAAUUAUGCACAACCAUCAUCUCAAGUGCACCAGGCGUAGAACCACAACUAGAAGACCUUCGAGAAGCUGGUAUAAAAUUAGCUUCAGUGGAACAACUUUUUAGCCUUCUUGGUGGAAUCACAAA